GGGCUAAUUGCGUCAUAUCCGGGGCAGCGCCAUCCAAUCAGCAGCCGGGACUGUACCUGAGCUCCAGCAGUGCAGCCAAUACCGACUCGCUUCGACUCUCCCAUUAUGUCCCCCAGUUCUAUUGCCACACACUCGUAUAAAUGACUGGGGUCUAUAGGCGCCCGGCUGUCUCUAUAGUCUCCGAGGGAUUAGUGGGCGUGGCUGUGAUAAGGGAACCGGAAGCGGCCGUUGCACUGUUUUUAGUGAGAGCAGAGUGUGGGCGGAGGCAGAAAUCCUAGCGUAGUGAUUGGCUGCCCGAAGAUUGCAUCACUCUCCUCAUUGAGCCGCAAUAUAACCGCUUCCGGCGUGAGUGACGGUCAGUCCAGAGCUGUCCGCUGGUCGGAGAGACAAGAGGAACAGGAGGAGCCCGCGGGCCGGGCGAAAAUGAGUCGAUGGCUGAGACCGGUGCUCUCGCGGGUGAUACAGAGAGUCGGACUGAGCGCGGGGCCCCGGGAGCCUGAGGCUGGGGGUCAGGCCAGGUUUGGUCUCUUGUUUGAUAUCGAUGGGGUCCUGGUGAGAGGCAAAACCCCCAUUCCGGGUGCAAGAAGAGCCUUCCAGAAGCUGGUGGAUUCCCGGGGGCACUUCCUGGUUCCUGUGGUGUUUGUGACCAACGCUGGAAACUGCCUGCGCCAGACCAAAGCCGACCAACUGUCACAUAUACUCGGGGUCCCAAUCAGUCAGGAGCAAGUGAUGAUGUCACACAGUCCUCUGAGGAUGUUCAAGCAGUUCCACCAUAAAUGUGUUCUGGUAUCCGGACAGGGCCCCGUGCUGGACAUCGCCUCAAACUUAGGAUUCUCGAAUCCUAUCACAAUUGACUCUCUGAGGGAGUCGUACCCCUUUCUAGAUAUGGUGGACCACACGAGACGCCCCAAAAUCCUGCCCCCCUCAGCCACAGACGUGCCCCGGAUAGAGGCUGUCGUACUUUUUGGGGAACCAAUCCGGUGGGAGACUAAUCUCCAGCUCAUCACUGAUGUCUUACUGACUGGCGGUUGCCCUGCUAGCCACCACCAAGCUGCCAGUUCCCCCCAUAUCCCUGUGCUGGCGUGUAACAUGGAUCUCAUGUGGAUGGCUGAGGCCCAAUCACCCAGGUUUGGGCACGGCACGUUCAUGGUGUGUCUGGAGAACGUCUACAAGAAGAUCACGGGGAAGGAGCUGAAGUACGAGGUGUUGAUGGGCAAACCCAGCGAGGUGACCUAUCAGUACGCAGAGUAUCUCAUCCGCACGCAGAAGCAGUGGGCUGAGCCAAUCACAACUCUCUAUGCAAUCGGAGACAACCUGAUGACCGAUAUCUAUGGUGCUAAUCUGUACAAUCGCUACCUGCAAGAGCGGACUCCUCUGAUUGGCUCCCAGGCUCUGGUGCAGGCAGCAUCGGGGGUCCCGGUGGUCUCUGUGUCUGAGGAAGAGGAGCCGUCGUUGGAAACUGUCCUGUCCUUCCCCUCGGCCACAAGCUGUCGCUCUAUUGUGGUCUGUACUGGCAUUUAUAACCCCCGCUGUGAAGUGCCUGCCGAUACCCCCCAGUCUGUUACUGAGACCGUGUUUCACGGGCACCGGGAUUUCCGCUUUGACCCCGCCCUGGUGGAGCCCGGACACAUUGUGACCGACGUGAGUGCGGCCGUCGAUUUGAUCUUCGAAUUAGAGGGCUUUGUACAAAGGGGCGGCCCCAGGACUAACUAACUCCCCGUACCUCCUCAUUUCCUUUUUAUAACUCCCUGAUCCCUGCCUUUUAUUCCUUGUGUUUAUAGAAAACCCUUAGGUUUUAUUCUAUUUAUUUAGAGGUGCAGGAGUGGCCCCUGGGCGUGUUCCUUCAUACGGUAUAUAAUGUUUCUUUUACUUACCCUCCCCCAUGGGUAUCUAUUAUGUGCCCCCCCCAUACCUGCACCACUGAAACCAAGCACCGACCUCACCCCCGUGCAUCUCCCCUUCCCCCAAUAAUCACCCCCCCUAUUUAUUAUCUUCCCACCAGUUUCCAGGGGCAUUUACUCUAUGGUUUUAUUUCAGAGACAACUGGCACUCACUUGAAUUUUAAAAAAUGGUUAUUGUUCUCCAUGUUUGACGUGACCCCCCCGAACCCCGUCUGUGCCUGUUACACUUUUAUGCAAAUGGUUUUACUUUGUCUCCUCUGUUCUAAUAAAUGUGUUUUAUUUUCAAACAA